CGCAAGGUCCGCGCGCGGAGAUGUUGGCGAUUCUGCCAGGACGUAGCAGCUCUUUAACGGUCUCGGUUCUUUACGGAGCGGCGGUGUGUUUGUCACUGUGGACGCGUGUUGUCCGGUGUGGGAAUUUUGCGUGUUCUCCGCCCGGGGCGUCAGUGCAGGAGCUCGCGCGUCGCUCGGGGGUUGUGUUUGAGGGUAAGCUCCAGGAGGAAGAGCGAGCGGAGCGAAACUGGACCGAGCCGCCGAUGAACGCCUCGCGUCAGGUGCGGGUCAGAGUGCAGCAGGUGUGGCAGCUGAAAGCGGGAGGACUGCUUAAAGACUCUGUAGUGUCUCUCGUCUGGUUUGAAGGGGGUAGAUGUUUCCAGCUGAACACAGGGAUCCGCUACAUGUUCUUCAUUGAACCCACAAAUGACACGUCCGUUUUCACGGCAGUUUUCCCGCCGGUGGAGACCAAGCGCACCGUGAGGAAGGAUGUGAGUCAGGUGCUCUGUCACGACUGCGCGGAACCGAAGUUAAAAAACCUUCGGAGCAUGACAGUGGAGGAUGGGAAAAAAACGGUACUCAAAUGUGAGGUUUUGGCAGGAAACCCAGCGCCCAACGUCAAGUGGUACAAGAAUGGAAAAGAGCUCACAGGCAAAAACAAACCCAAAAGCAUAAAGAUUAAAAAAAAGAAACAGGGGAAAAUAUCUGAACUGUUGAUCCGGAAGUCCACUGAGGCAGAUGCUGGAUUAUACACCUGUGAGGCCGUCAACAGUCUUGGAAAAACAAAUACCACAGCAAACCUAUUCAUCCUCAACACAGCCACCAGCACCACUCCCUCGGCCAAGACAUCCAGUCACGUGACGCCCUGCAACGAGAGCGAGAAGGAAUACUGUGUAAACCAUGGCAAAUGCUUCACGCUGGAGGUCACACCCGGCAACAUCAGGCGCCUCUGCAGGUGCCCCAAUGAGUUUACUGGUGAUCGCUGCCAACACUACGUAAUGGCCAGCUUCUACAAACAUCUUGGGAUUGAAUUUAUGGAAGCUGAGGAGCUCUAUCAGAAACGCGUUUUGACUAUAACAGGCAUCUGCAUCGCUCUUCUAGUUGUUGGCAUCAUGUGUGUGGUGGCUUACUGCAAAACAAAGAAACAGCGGAAAAAGCUGCAUGAUCGUUUGCGACAGAGUUUACGAGAGCGAAACGCCGCAGCCAAAGGCCCUCAACACCCUCACCCUCCACCCGAAAACCUGCAGCUGGUCAAUCAUUACAUGCCGACGAAUCCUGUCCCAGCUCAUAUGACAGACAAAGAAGCGGAAACAUCACUCUCCACAAAUGAGUUCACAUCACCAACACAUCCGUCCACAGCCAUCACUCACUCAUCCAGCCAAUGCUGGAGUAAUGGUAAAGCAGAGAGUGUGGUUUCUGAUAGUCAUGCAGUCCUGAUGAAGCCAUCAGACGAGAACUGUCGGCAUGGGACACCAAGUCACAGGGGGCGUCUGAACGCUACUGGAGGUGUCCAUCAGCUCAAUGAUUACCUAAAGAACUCCAGAGAAACUCAGGGCUCCAACAGAGACUCCCCUUACAGCGAGAGGUAUGUUUCAGCCAUGACUACCCCCACCCAUCUGUCCCCCGUGGGGCUUCUCUCGCCGGUGACGCCGACCUCUCCUCCCUCAGAGAUGUCAGCUCCUCUCUCCAGCCUGGCAACCUCCGUCCCAUCCAUGUUAACCAGUCCCUCAGGAGAAGAGGAGCGUCCUCUGCUGUUCCGGACACCACCCAUCCUGCGUGACAAAUCUGCUUCAACCCAGGGCCAUAAAUCAGGCCAUAAUCUCCGUAACUCCGCCCACUACAAUCACGGCCUGGACAUCCCCAGCCCUCCACCCAGCCCGCUGCAUAUAGAAGAGGAGUUUGAGAGUUCAGAGCAGUACAAAAGCACAUCUGUCCCGUCCUCCGCCCCGCACAGCCCCAGCGCUGCUAGAACUCAACCGAGUGGUCAAGCGGCGCCUGAGCAAGCGGUUAGUGGCAGUAACUCAGAGAGCAGCAGCUCAGAGAGCGAGACCGAGGAUGAACGGGUGGGAGAGGACACGCCGUUUCUGGGCUUACAGAACCCUCUGGCCGCUGGUGCGCUUGUUCUGGACGGGCUAGAGGGCAGCAGAACUAACCCCGCGCUGCACCUCUCACCGCAACACGAGCUGCAGAGCAGACUAACAGCCGUCAUGGCCAACCAGGAUCCUAUAGCUGUGUGAAAAUGCAUCCAAGAAGAAAAACAAAUCACCACUAAACCUUUAUUUUCUAUAAUUAAGUAUUUGCGAAAGAAAAACGUCGACUUUUAUUUUAGCGAUGUAGUAAAAACAAAGACUUUUAUAACGUGGACAAUGUGUGUGUCAUGGAAAAAAAGUGCCAUUCACAUGUAGCUGAGGUCACAGUAUUUCAAUGGCAGAAAAAAUAUAAUAAAUGGUGCCUUUUAAUUUCAGUUUUGAAAAACAAGAACUGCAUUAUGACACUGGGCCAUAUAUUCAUGACUUUGAAGCCACUAUAUAAAUUCUGUGACUAAGAGAAGAAGAAAAAAAAUCCACCAGCACUCCAUGUCUGAAUUCUUGUGUUCGGAUUAAAGUGUAAAUUUGCGUCAGGAUCCUCUGACCUAGUGUUUUUCAGUCCUGAGAAUGGGAACCCACUUUCGCAUUUUGCUUUAAUUCUGUCUUAUUUAACCCACCGAUUCAUAUCAUCAGCUUCAUGAACUGAACUGUUUCUGAUAAGAGAGCUGUGGGUCGCCAGGACCAGGAUUGAAAACCUGGAGGUUUCUAUUUUGCAUUGAUAAUUAUUUGCGUUUUGAUUUCAAAUAUGUGAGGCUGCUGCAAACUAAAAACAAGACAAUUCAAAAAGCUCUAGACAUGCUCCAAAUACAUUCACAAUGUACAAUCAGCUAUUAAUCCAAUAUAAUCACAUUAUUCCGUUCGAUAUUAUAGGUGUAGCAGACGUUAGAUUUGAUGUUUUCUGAAUCAUGACUGAAUAUAUGGCUCACUAUGUCGAUUGGCUUCUCAAGGGAAGUUCUAGCACCACUUUUAUGAUACUGACAUCAUUUUUAUUCCUAUAUUUUAUUUUAUUAGUUAUUGUCCAGAUCAUUUUGUUUUAACGUUUGUCCUAUCCAUGUAGAAUGUUACAUUAUAUUCAAAGCUUUCCUUUGUGUCAUGUUUAUUACGUGCAUAUGUGUGAUCAUUUAAAGAGAAACAAAUCACCUGUUGUACAGUAUUUUAUGUUUGCGUCACUACAGAAACGUAUGUAUUCACAAGGUUUUACCCACAAUAUCCUUAGACAGUCUAUCUUGCUAACGCGAAGAACUGGUUACACAAAUAACACUCUUACCAUGGAGCCCAUAUAAAGCUCACGCUCUAGAUUGUGAAGGCCUCCCCCCCCCAACAUUUUUUUUCAUUCAUGAAAUGUGGCCCAUUUUAUUGUAUUUAUUUUCUUUAUUUAUUUGUUAUUUAUUUAUUUAUUAUUUGGACCUUAUGGAAUCUAGCAUUUAUAAAUACAUAAAUAUAUUUUAAUAGCAGCGAUAUUAAGAGAAAAAAAUUGGGUGCAUAAAAAUAUAUAUCUUUUUUUUUCUUUUGUUCUUUCCAACGCAAUCUCACGGCAAUUUAUAACUUUUUGAUUUAGUGGCUAAUUCGUAUGAAUUCGUACAAUCUAAUUCGUACAGUUUAGUACGAUUUGCUCAUCACCCAAUGACGGUUGGGGUUAUGGGUGGGGUUAUGUGCCACAUCUCUAUUUUAAAAUCGUACGAACGCGUACAAAUUAGCCACUAAACUGACAAAACGUAAAAUACUAAAAUACUUACGUUUCUUUGUGAGAUCAGGCUGUUCUUUCUUAUUUUUUCUUCUCAUCACUCCAUGAUAUAUUUGUGUGUUCUUUUGCCUUUUAAGCCUAGACUCUUGUUAUCUAACAUUCUGUUAUUCAAACUCUAAUUCAGAAACAAUAAAUGUUCACCUUGACAAAUAUACAUGAACCUGAUUGUACGAUUAAAAUGAGCUGAACUGCUUCUGGGACACUUAAAAAAUGCCUUUGUUCUGAUGCUUUUAACAUUUGAUGCAACUAUUCAGACCAGCCUUGAGUUGUUCUGAUUUUAUUUUUUUUAAUAACAAUGUGCUGACAGAUGGUUUAAAGCUUCCACCAUUUCAUCAUCAUCGUGAUCAUCAACAUGCUUUCAGAAAUGGCUGUUCGUUUAAUAUUGUUUUUAUGGUUAAUACUUAUGCAGAAAUAUUCCUAACAAGGUACAGUAUAAGACGUCUGAUCUUUAAAUGCAUCGAUGUUCCAGCAUAGCAGAUUUGGGCUUAUUGUUCGAUAACUACAUUGCUAAUGAAGAUAUGAAGCACAGGACAGAUGCUUUUCAUAGAGAGAGAGAAAAAAAAUGAAGUGGUUCGGAUAUCUGCAUGAGCACAGGAGGACAAACACGGGCAUGUGCACAACACACACACACAAAACGCAAAACAAGCAUGGUCAGCCAUGUCGAUCAAGACAUGACCACAUCCUAUCUGAGAACAAAAUGUUAAUUUUCAUCUGCUCUUGUGUAAACAACUCUAUAAAAUAUCUGAUCGCUGUGAGAGCU